AUGCACCUUUACAGCGAUAUACGACACCUCCCUUCUCUACUCGUACUUCUGUUAUGUGUUGCUAUCACAACUGUUAUCAUCCAAGGAAACACCGUCGGAGCACAUAUUACAAUGGACAACUGCAAAUCGGAGAAGCUCCGCGAGCUUGUAUUAGAAACAAUUGGUCUCUUUCCUCACCAAUACAGCUAUCAAGCAAGGUAUAUGAAGGAGCAAGCUGAAAUUCGUUUUGGCAACUGGUGGUCAGCUGUUAUUAUUGGUGAUCGAGGCGGCUAUGGUAUGAGUGCUGUUUACGAUCAAUAUGCUAACACAAGCUGCGAGUUGAGGAUUUUCGACACAUUCUAUUGGAUAGGACGAACGAGCUAG